CAAAACACAAAUGACCAAAUUUUGUCAUGAGGAAGAAGGAGCUGAUUCUACUUCUCUGUGUUCUCACGUUCCAGACGAUCGGUACGUGCAUAUUUCUUUCUGGAUUUCUCUUGAAGAGAACUGUUUUGCCGGAUUUCAGCGCUUGUCGCAAUGGAUCGGGGAAGCCUGGCUGUCUUCUUCCCAAACGCUUCAGUCGUGCGGUAUUGCUGAUCAUCGACGCACUUAGAUUUGACUUCGUUGUCAGUGAUCAUAAUAUCAAUGCUGAGGAGUUGUUGCCCUAUAUGAACAAGAUGCCUAUCAUUGAAGCUACUGUGGAGGAGCGGCCAAACAAUGCCAAAUUGUUCAAGUUCAUUGCUGACCCACCUACCACUACCAUGCAGCGUCUGAAGGGCUUGACCACUGGCAGUCUACCUACUUUUGUGGAUGCUGGGAGCAAUUUUGCAAGUAGUUCAAUCACAGAAGAUAGCUGGCUGCAUCAGGCGUCCGUGCUGGGCAAAAAACUGUACUUCAUGGGAGAUGACACCUGGAUGCAGCUAUUCCCCGAAUCGUUCACAAAGAGCUGGCCCUUUCCAUCACUCAACGUGAAGGACUUGCACACCGUAGAUAAUGGUGUUCUAGAACACCUAGUGCCCCAGAUCCGAUCCGGUGACUGGGACAUACUGAUAGGUCAUUUCCUCGGGGUAGAUCAUUGUGGCCACCGCUUUGGCCCCUAUCACCCAGCCAUUGGUGAAAAGCUCCAGCAAAUGGAUGCCAUGAUUCGCUCGGUAAUGGCCGAGCUGUCAAAUGACACCGUUCUACUGGUCUUUGGUGACCACGGCAUGACGCGCAGUGGAGAUCAUGGUGGUGACAGCGCCGACGAGGUGUCCUCGGCACUGUUCGUUUAUUCACCGUCGCCUAUGAGCUCUGGUCAGAGAGCAGAUUAUGUUCCUGGCCUGUACAAAACGGUCUCCCAGAUUGAUUUGGUUCCAAGCUUGUCACUUUUGCUGGGCCUUCCGAUCCCGUUCAACAAUCUUGGCCAAGUUAUUCCAGACUUAUUCGAGCAGCGUGCGCACUCGAGCAUGAAUGAAGCGCACACAAGAGAAGAAAGUGACUCAUCUGUUGAUCAGAGAAUCAUUGCCCUCCUAGAAAAUGCAAGGCAAGUGGAUGAGUACUUACGCACGUACAGUGCCACCUCUUCUGAUCUCCCCGGUGUUGAACUCCAGCGUCUGACGGAGCACUUUCAGGCUGUACGCAGGAAACUGCUGACCUUGUCAAAGGACAAAGCCGGCGAUCAGGACACCUUGGUGGCUGAGCUUCAGAGCUAUAUGAACUCCGCUCAGGCGUUGUGUCGACAGGUGUGGGCCCGGUUUGACAUUCCUUUCAUGUUGCUUGGCCUUGUCCAUCUUCUGGUUUCCGCUUGCAUUGCUUUCCUGAUUCCUUUACGAAUUCAACUGGGAAUGUUCACCAGUAAGACUGCUGUAGAAUGGCAGUUUCUUCGACUUAUUCCAUUGAAGAGAGUCAGCAUAUCCUUCAUCAUAACAAUGGGAAUGGUCUGCUUGCUUUGGAGUUCUUCGGGUGACCUGAGCCUUACAUCAUUUGUGCUCGCUGCAGUGCUGGCUCUCUCAGUAAGUUUUGUUGUUGCGCUGGCUAACGAUAUGAGCUUAGGUAGAAUUUUGCAGCCCGGUAUCCAGCUUUGUAACGCAACCUGGGUACCUGAUAUUUGUGCCGUGACCUUCACUAUGGUGCAUGCUGGUGGCUUCAUGUCGAAUAGCUUUGUUGUUCAAGAGGACAACCUCAUGUUAUCAUUUAGUCAGCUGCUCCUCAUCAUCUCCUGGUGUUCAGGAUUGCCUCGACUCAGGAAAGGAGACCGACCCAUGGUAACUAAACGUUUCUUGUCAUCUCUCCUUGUUGUUAUGAUCAGUUGCCGCAUUGCUGUUGUCUUCCGUGGAUGCAGGGAAGAGCAAUCUUGGUGUCAGCCGUCUUCGUUUCUGCUUCACUAUUCAACAACAUUUUCGCACAUUGGCUUCAGCUUGGCCAUGUUACGCUUGGUCUUGGCUUGCUUGGUCGUUGCCCUUGCGCCUCUCAUGGUAAAUUUGAUGUGCAUCAGGAGACUUGACUCAGUGGACAAGCGCUUUCUUGGUCUUCUUGUGGCAGCUUCAGUAUGCGUCUGCGGGCACUUCUGCUUGCAAAGCCUUCCGCUAUCUAUCUUGGACAGGCUUUAUGGCUGGCAGCAUGUGGCAUUGCCACGGCUAGCGUUUCUGUUUGUGAUUGCGGCGUUCAUCUACAUGUGGCAUGGCGGGCACCUUACUACUGGUGCUAAGUUGUCUCAGGUAUGGUACACCUUGCUUUCGGCAGUCUGGAUUCUGCUAACAAUGGUUCUUGGCGAUGGUCUGGUUUUUGCUAGCUGUGCUGCGCUACUUUCUGUGACAGUGGGCUGCCGACUUGUCAGCUUCCAGUCAUCAGUCAGUACAUGGACAAAGGCUGCUCUCUGGGCAGCCCUCAGCGGACAUUUCUUCUUCUCCACGGGCCAUCAGUGUGACCUACCCAGCAUACGCUUUGAUGCAGCGUUUGUAGGGCUGCAUGGUGAUCAGCAGGCGUUCGUUGCAGCUGGCGCUCUGGUUCUUCUCAACAUGUUUGCAUCACCGGUCCUGUUCACUUUGGCCAUUCCCUUGGCUUGUCGGAUAAGACUCAAGCCCGAUCACAGCAGUGCCGAUAAGGAGCAGACACCAAUGAGGAGCAACAGCAAAAGUGUAGCAGUUGUGUCGAGUGAUGCACCGGCGAUGCUAUUCUACUUUGUGUUCUAUCAUCAUGUGAUGCUCAUAGCAGCCGCAGUGGCAGCAACGGUUUUACGUCGGCAUCUCAUGGUGUGGAAAAUAUUUGCACCGCGUUUGCUGUAUGCGGCUGUGUCUGCUGAGCUGGUAUGUGUCCUGGGUGCUGUCGUAUUUGCGUUGCUUCCUUCCUACUUGCCUCCUCCGCAAUCUAGCUCCAGUGAUGCACAACAUGAGCGAACCUCUCACAGUAUGUAACAAGCAUGCGAAUCAUGAUUAUUAUUAUUAUUAUUACAAUGAAGUAUUUUCUGAAUGAGCA